AUGAAACUGUGCUGUGUGAAAAGGGUUGACUCAAAUUCCCCAACACAACAGGUUGAGCAUCCUGUCGCCACGAUGCACAGUCUGCACAAGUUCCUGCUGUUCAAUGUUCUGGCUUGUCUCGGACGAAACCUAUCUGGAAGUGGAAUUAUAGGUGGAGGAAAAGCCCCAGAGAACUCGAUGCUGUAUAUGGCCUCCAUACAGAGCGACAAUAAACAUGUGUGUGGAGGAUUCCGCAUCAGUAAAGACAUUGUGGUCACUGCUGCACGCUGUGAUGUGAAUCUGGAUGCAGCAAAAGUUGUUCUGAGCACCCAAAAACCUGGUAGCGCUAUAAAAACAGUGAAAUACAUCAGCAAGAAGUGCAAACACCCCUCUUAUGAGGAUUUUACAAAAGGAAAUGACAUCAUGCUCCUAAAAGUGGCGGGGGAGGAGGGAAUGAAUGUUGGUAUAACAACAGUUGAAUUGACUGAUAUUCAGGUAGAAGCAAACAAACAGUGCCGUGUAGCUGGAUGGGGUUGCACUACACCUGGUGGUAACACUGUAGAUGAUCUGAAAGUGGCCGAUGUGUCUAUCAUUAACCUGCAAGACUGUAAGAAGAAAUGGCCUGGUCUUUCUGCAGAUGUUAUCUGUGCAGGUGGAUAUAGCACAAAGCGAACUCUUUGUAAGGGGGAUUUUGGUGGUCCACUGGUGUGUGACGGGAAGGCUGCGGGUGUGGCGUCUUAUAACAAAUGUGGCAACUGCAACAGGGAAAAUGAACCCAGCAUCUAUACGGACAUCUCAAAGUUCCUCCCAUGGAUCAACAAAGUUGUCAAGACAAAUGACUGGACAGAUUGUAAGAAAUAACAAUCUUACACACAGCUUUGCUUCAGCAUCUUUGUAUUUGUAUUUUGGAGGAGCAGUUGUGUUUGAGUUGCUCUGUCAGUGUUUGCUCUUUAUUGG